GUGUAGCCCGGCCCCUGUUCAGUGCUUUCGUCUGUCGACGCGACGCGCGGCCGACUCACAGAGCAAUUCGAAAACUUCCGCAAAUAUAACGCUGUGGUGUUAGUAAAAGUUUUUUGUGAAACAGUUUAAUUCAGUUAUUAUUAUAAAUAUUUUAAUUGGUUAAGAAAGUUGCAUGGAGUGAAUGAAGUUUAUUGUAGUUUUGUGUUUUUACUUUCAGGAGAUGGCAGACGAAGUGUGUGAAGCACUGAAGAAUGAGCCAUGAUCGAAAACUUAACAGAAAAUAUGUACGGUAUCAAGUUACUCGUCAGCAAAGAUUUUAAACAGAACAAUGUAUGGGGGUCUUUUAAUAAGACGGAGGCAGUCGACACGAGUGCUGUCAACGUGUCGAGAGUGAACCAGACAAUAUAUUCACUCAGUGACGAUGAGUACAUAUUUGAUAGGACGGAUGUUAGAGCCAUAUUCAUUACCCUCUACACGAUCGUGUUCUGUUGCUGUUUUUUUGGUAACUUGCUCGUUAUCCUCGUGGUUACUUUAUCGAGGCGGCUACGCUCCAUAACCAACUUCUUUUUGGCGAACCUCGCCGUGGCAGAUUUAUGUGUUGGCGUGUUUUGUGUCUUCCAAAAUUUGACUAUAUAUCUUAUACCGAGUUGGGUGUUCGGUGACUUCCUAUGUAAAAUGUACCAGUUCGUACAUUCGCUGAGCUACACGGCGUCCAUAUUUAUCCUCGUGGUGAUAUGCACAGAAAGAUACUUCGCUAUAAUACACCCCAUCACUUGCAAGCAAAUCCUCACUUCGACGCGGCUUAGGUUGGUGAUUCUUGGCGUUUGGAUUACCAGUGCAGCGUACAGCGCUCCUAAGUUCAUUUGGGUCGAGACCAUAACGAAUGACCUGGGCGACGGGCACAUGGAAACAAUAUGUAUCCCGCAUCGAAGGAAAUACAACUCUGAAUUAUUUGACAUGGUGAACUUCGGCCUUCUCUACGUGACCCCAUUAUGCGUCAUGACGGUCUUAUACACUCGCAUCGCGGUGGGGCUGUGGCAGAGCUCCCAUGCGCUGCAACAUUUGGAACGCGUGCAAUGCUGUGGGACACAGUUUCCACGUCCAGAAAAAUCUGGCAAUGCUGCUUAUGAUACGCAGCGGACCCUCAUUGGCACCAAUGAUGACAAGAAAGCGGUGACGAUGAGCAGCAGCCAGUCAGGGAAGACGACGACCUCAAAAGCGACCCGUGGUCACGAGACACGCAACUGCCACCACCUCAGCCACCUGUCCCGCAACGUGCUGCGCGCGCGGCGUGGGGUCGUGCGCAUGCUCAUAGUGGUCGUGCUCACCUUCGCUAUAUGCAACCUUCCCUUCCACGCACGGAAGAUGUGGCAGUACUGGUCCAGUGGCUACGAGGGUUCCAGCGACUUCAGUACCCUCCUCACGCCACUCACAUUUCUCAUCACCUACUUCAACUCCGGUAUAAACCCACUCUUAUACGCUUUCCUAUCGAAGAAUUUUAGGAAAGGCAUGAAAGAGCUAAUUUUCUGCAACUGUCAUGGGAAAAGGAAAAGUGAAAAUUUAAUUCUAUUAAAUCCCGUCGGUGGCGUCGGCUUGCGCAGGAGUUCGACCCGCUCCACGCGCGCCAACUGCAGCACGGUUACCAUAGCGCCGAAUGGGGAAUCAUGAGACAUGCGUCGGCGGCGCUUCCUGUACAAGGUGGAAAAUAUAGAUAUUUCCUGAUUAACAGAGAGCACCGACGAAGUGACCGACAGCAGCGGCUUCUACACCGUCUCAACAGUAUCUAGGCGAGAUCUGUACGACUAGAGACUGAGACGUGCACCGCCGAGCGCUGACGUUACUUGUUUCGUAUAAAACUUUUAAAGACUUCUUACGAACUUCUCUGAUUAGCUAACGAUGCUAACUGUGAGUAAGUGUGAGUGAUUGUGAACUUAGUGAUCUCGCGAGCUUAAACUAGAAUACGUUUGUUAUUAGAUGGAUUAACUAGUGCUGGUGAAGGAGUUAAGACCAAAAUAAUGUUACAUAUCUUUCUUCGGUUAUCUUUAGUUUAUCCAUUUGAUGAAAUUUUCAACCUUAAUGUGUAAUUAGAUAGGCAGUUUAUAUAGUUAAAAUAGUUCAAAAAGUGGUUCAUAAAAAAAAUAUUGUAAAAAUGUAAAUAUCGCAUAAAAUUGUUCAAAUUGUUUAAGUAAAAUGUAUUUGUAUUUGUGGCGGGGACGGUGUAAAUAUAAAUUUGAUGUAAAUUACGUACCAAGCUGUUGUGAAUUGAUGAAUUUCCGAUCACCGGUUUGAGAUGGAGCCUCAUUCACGAUAACUCGGCUCUGGAAUUGAAAUACAAUAUUUAUGUUCAAUACCGUAAUACCGCUUACCCAGUUAUGGCUGCAUUUGAGGCAGACAGCGUACAUCACAACGACCGAAGUUCUAGGAGAGUGAUAGCAGACAAUAUUAUAUUAACAAUUUCAAAUGUAUGUAGAUACGGCUUAAGUAAUAAUUGUAAAUUGUAAACUGCUGAAUUCAUCACAAAAGGUAUUACAAAAUAUAAUUAUAAUUGUAAUUUCGUAUUGUUAAACUAUGUUUGUGUAAAUAGUGAACAUAUCUAUAAAUUUUUAUACGUAAAUUCGUUCGUAAUACAUUCGAAGUACCUAAUGAUCAUAUGAUGAUUAACCAUAAAAAUUCCGCCUAGUAGCAGGAAUUAAAGCUAUGGCCAAAAGAUUUCACUAUUCUAAGAAAAUUAUUAAAAAUCACAUUUUUAAUU